GUCAGCCACCUUGUUAACAUCUGCAGCAGCCACAAUGGCAGCAGCAGCUUCUGCUGGCGAAGGAGAAGGAGCAGGAGGAGCAGGAGGAGCAAGAGGAGCAGGAGGAGCAGGAGGAGCAGGAGGAGCAGGAGGAGCAGGAGGGCACGAGACAUCGUUUGCAAGUGGGCUUGCAAAGGAGGGUUCUGGGACAUACCCCCCUGCCCAUGGCAACAUAACUACAGCACCUCUGACAGCCAGCUCUUUCAAGGGCAAUCUUCGUCCACUGUCGAGAAAGCGAGUUCCAUGGACUGCUCAGGCUAAGCAGAUGCUAGAACGGGAUUUCACCUUCUGGAAUGGAGGAUGGUCAUCAAGGCGGGAACUGGAAGCAUUACUGGCCAUCCAGAAAGCCAAAGACAAGAAAGGUGGUGCUGUUUACAGGCAUCGUUACAGAGCAAAGGACUUUCUAUUUGUGAAAAAACGACCUUUAUCGCAUGAUCAACAGUAUGACCAUGCUGACAAGUACUCAGGCAAUGGGAAUGAAGCAAAGGUAGUGAAAGCCACGACCAGUGAUGACACAUCCCCAAGGACUCAUGAAUCCCGGCAGGUUGCUGCAGCAAGAGCAGAAGCAGCUACGAGAGGGGCCACGAGGGAGCAAGGAGAAGGUACCCAUGUCCCAUAUGGUCCUGAACAACUGGGACAUCAGCAGAACGGGUGGAGUGAGAAAGAUCAAUUAAGUAUGACAUCCGACCUCUGGAGAAGCAACGAUGGUAAGCACAGAUCCCCAUCUCUUAAUUCACAGGUAUCGUUAAUGGUUGACCAGAAUGGUGCAGCCAUGCCCAGCAUCUCUCAAGUGGGAUCAGGUAGUUGGGAUGGAAGAGGCGACCUCAGCUGGAGUGGAGCAGGUCAAAUCCAGGAAGACAAAGAAGGCAGGGAAAGCUCCUUGUUCUCUAUCCCGCUUUCUCUCAAGGAAGAACUCGAAUCAGUCCAGAGGAGCCAUUCCUCAUUGCCUUGGUCAGCUGGCCCUACUGUCCAUAACACGAUGCAAGGAGAUCCUACCAUCACAGUCCCUCGUCAAGACUCCUUCGGGGGAGAUGACGACAGAAGAAACCAUCAGGAUAAUAAUGCUGUCCAAAAUGUGUAUCAGGAUCAGAACAAUGUCCUAAAUGUGUCUCCUCUUCCCCCUGGCGAUCAUCCGUCCAGAGAGUUACUCACCACUUCCGCCAAAGACAACAGCCCCAAGACAGGAGGUGAUCUUGACAGCAGGAUGGCUGUAGAUGCCAAUGCAACAGAGAUUGGGCAGCCAGCGCCUGUACCUCCUGAAGGAGGCAUAUGGGCAAUGAAUCGCGAUGGGCAUGAAAUCCUUACCGGCGUCGCUUCCAGCAGUCAGGGCAUAAAGCAGAGCCCAGGUGUUGAGAGUGUUGAUGGUGGCCACAUGACGCGGAAAGUUAUCCCUGGCUCAAGCUGGUUGGCAAGCAAUGGAGAUGUGGGUGAGGGCAAGCGGAAUUCGGGCAAAGAUGGUGGGCUUCAGACAACAACAGGAAGCGCUGCCGACCCAACAGGAAGGAGAAAGGUCAGCAGGACAUCUGUUCCGACGUCUGCCCCAGCAAGGUCGACCAUAGGGCCUUUGUUCCCGGGGAAUUCGAAAGUCAUAAUAAGGAACCUCUUUAAGGGGUCUUGUAGGGGUAUGAUGGCCUGGCAAAGCCGUGCACAGAGCCUUGAUGGCAGGGGGGAGAGACACCCUAUGGAUGGAUCAUUCAGACUAACGCCCGAGGUUGGUGCCACCGGUCCAUUGAUGGAGGCAUCAUGGGGAAGUGUUAAGAACGGGAGUCCUGCAAGGGACAAUCGGGCAAGUGUGAUGGGAAGUCCUAUUGCGAAUGGGAAUGGAGGACUGAUCCUUGAUGCCAGAGGGUCAGCAGGAGUUCAGCCCAUGAUUCUGUCCGGCAAACCAGAUGGCGUUCCAUUAUCCAUCCUUCCCGAUGGGUCAAUGAUAACCAGGGCAUCAUCCGCUUUCGUGCUGAAUUCCCAGUGGAGGGAGAAAUUGUUACACAAAGAGGCAUCAGCCAUUCGAUGGAGUUUUGACAACUUGAUCGACGGAGGAAAGGGAAGGAAGGCAUGGCAGCAAGCACAGCAUGCAAUACCGCAUAAUCCUCGUGCUGCUGCCAACAGUGAUAUGAGUGGCGUCAAGACACAGAAGAGAGGCAAAAGCCUCAAUAGCAUCAGCAGUUCAAUCCCGUCCCCACAGGGCUUUGGCAUAAGCAAGCAAAAUAUCACAUGGGCAGGUCAUUAUCCCACUUAAGCAAGACUUAAGCCUAUAGUAAGAGGUUACAUACUAGAGUUAACAAGUGUGUUAAAAGUCAAUCAUUUUACAUCUCUUAAGUGUUUGAAAUUUGAUUACAAUGUAGAAAUCUUGCCCUCGUGUACAGUUUCGCCUGUGCUUGGUGGCUGCACUUCGCUCUUUAUCAGUGAUCCUCAAGUUGUCAAUUCAAUCCCUCCUCUAUUGUUGUUCUCUGAAUCUGUGUCAGAGUUUGUGCAGUGGUGUAUACUAUGCAUUCACAGUAUGCAAGGACUAAGGCCGACCAUGCUAAUCCCAUCUCCACAUCGGAGUUUGUGUAGUGUAUGCUGUACAUGGAUGCCUUUCUCAAAGGUUACUGCCAAUGACGCUAAUUGGCAAAAUCG